AUGUUGUUUCGAAGAGGCCUCUCAUGUUCGGCCGUGCUAGCCCGCGGCCAGAACUUGACGGAAAAGAUUGUUCAAAAGUACGCCGUCGGGCUCCCGCUGGGAAAGAAGGUGUUUUCCGGAGACUAUGUGUCUAUCCAGCCUGCUCAUUGCAUGUCUCACGACAACUCGUGGCCUGUGGCGUCUAAAUUCAUGGGCUUGGGUGCCGACAAAGUGCACGAUAACAGACAGAUUGUGUGCACGUUGGACCACGACGUCCAGAACCGGUCCGAGCAGAACUUGACCAAGUAUGCCAACAUUCAGAAAUUUGCCGAGCGCCAGGGCAUCGACUUCUAUCCGGCCGGCAGAGGCAUUGGCCACCAGAUCAUGAUUGAGGAGGGCUACGCGUUUCCCUUGAGCUUGUGCGUGGCGUCAGACUCGCACUCGAACACUUAUGGUGGUGUUGGUGCUUUAGGAACUCCGAUUGUUCGUACAGACGCAGCUGCAAUCUGGGCCACGGGCCAAACGUGGUGGCAGAUCCCGCCUGUGGCCAAGGUCGAGCUUGUGGGCUCUUUGCGCCCUGGUGUAACGGGAAAAGAUGUGAUUGUUGCUCUCUGUGGAGUUUUCAACCACGAUGAAGUGUUGAACCACGCAAUUGAAUUCGUGGGCGACGGCGUUCUGUCUUUGCCUGUGGACUACCGUUUGACCAUCGCCAACAUGACCACGGAAUGGGGUGCGUUAUCUGGUCUUUUUCCUGUCGAUGAUGUGUUGGUGGACUUUUAUCACCAACGUCUCCAGAAGUUGCCUCAGCCACACCCACGCGUGAACAAGGAGACUGUUUCGCAAUUGGAGAAGAACCGUGAGCAGUCUGAUUCUGAUGCUGUGUACGCCAAACAUUUGCGCAUAGACUUGGCCUCGCUUUCGCCUUGUGUUUCCGGACCUAAUUCUGUUAAGGUUUCUGCGCCGCUUUACGAGUUGGCGCAACAACAGAUCCCUAUCAACAAGGCAUACUUGGUUUCGUGUACCAACUCGCGCUUGAGCGAUAUCCAGGCCGCCGCUGAUAUUAUUCGUGGCCGCAAGGUUGCCCCAGGUGUGGAGUUUUAUGUUGCUGCAGCAUCGGCCAACGUCCAAAGCGACGCCGAAGCUACUGGCGCAUGGGAAGACAUUUUGGCUGCUGGUGCCGUGCCGCUUCCUGCCGGAUGUGGUCCCUGUAUUGGAUUGGGAACUGGUUUAUUGAAAGACGGCGAGGUGGGAAUUUCGGCCACCAACAGAAACUUCAAGGGCCGCAUGGGCUCUAAGGAUGCUUUGGCAUACUUGGCGUCGCCCGAAGUUGUGGCCGCUUCUGCUGUUUUGGGCCGCAUUGGCGGACCCGAGGAAUUGGACGGAACUCCAGUUCCUGCGCCAGGCGAAAUUGUCAAGUCGAUCGAGAUCGCCAAGCCCGCCGAGUCUGGCGAUGCAAGCGCUUCUGUGGAUGUUUUGGACGAGUUUCCAAAGUCCAUCGAGGGCGAAUUGAUCUUGUGUGACGCAGACAACAUCAACACUGACGGAAUCUACCCUGGAAAAUACACCUACCAAGACGACAUUUCCAAGGAAAAGAUGGCCGAGGUUUGUAUGGAAAACUAUGACUCUGAGUUCAAGAACAAGACUAAGGCCAGCGACAUUAUCGUUUCCGGCUACAACUUCGGCACAGGCUCUUCUCGUGAACAAGCAGCCACUGCUAUCUUGGCCCGUGGAAUGAAAUUGGUCGUUGCGGGUUCUUUUGGAAACAUCUUCUCCAGAAACUGCAUCAACAACGCUUUGUUGACGUUGGAAAUCCCAGCGUUGAUCAACCAGUUGCGCGAAAAGUAUAGCGGAUCCAACGAAUUGACCAUCAGAACCGGGUGGUUUUUGAAGUGGGACGUCACCAAGGCACUUGUGACAAUUACAGACUCAGAGGGAAACGUAAUUUUGGAGCAAAAGGUUGGUGAACUUGGCACAAACUUGCAAGAUAUCAUAGUCAAGGGGGGACUAGAAGGCUGGGUUAAGGCACAGCUUGCCAAGGCAUAG